ACAGUGGUCCACGAAGACGAUAGUGGAAACAAAAAGUAUGGUGGGGAUGCUCUUUCGGAAUUGAUUUCUCGGAUUAAAAUUGAAUUAAACAUUGACGAGAUAUGGGAAGGGCGUUUAAGAUAUUGGUCCAAGUCCACAAAAUUAGUGAAUCACCCAAAGCAAGGAUACCUUAUACUACUAUCUGAUGAAAUCAAUGUGAUCCCCGGGGGGUUGUUAGAGGUAGGACGUUACAUACGAGUCGAUAACGAGCCAGUCUUGGGUGCGGGUGCUACUGGAUUGUUUCUUGUACCUAACUAA